AUGGCGCCCGCUCAAUGUGUGCCCAUGCAGAGGGUGUUCCACUUCGGCAAGGGCAAGAGCGAGGGCAACAGGGCCAUGAAGGACCUGCUAGGCGGGAAGGGCGCGAACCUGGCGGAGAUGGCGAGCAUCGGGCUGUCGGUGCCGCCGGGGUUCACGGUGUCGACGGAGGCGUGCCAGCAGUACCAGGCUGCCGGGCGGGCGCUCCCCGCGGGCCUGUGGGGCCAGGUCCUGGACGGCCUGCAGUGGGCGGAGGAGUACAUGAGCGCGCGCCUCGGCGACCCGCAGCGGCCCCUCCUCUCCGUCCGCUCCGGCGCCGCGGUGUCGAUGCCCGGGAUGAUGGACACGGUGCUCAACCUGGGUCUGAACGACGAGGUGGCGGUGGGGCUGGCGGCCAAGAGCGGCGACCGCUUCGCCUACGACUCAUACCGCCGGUUCCUCGACAUGUUCGGCAACGUCGUGAGUACUGAGUACUCUUAA